CGAGAGCUUCCAGCAGCUUUAAACCUCAGCCACAGACAAGACAAGAGCUCAGCUAAAAGCACAUAAGAGAUUGCAAAAAAAAAGCUUUUCAGGACAGUGCCUCUGAGACAAGAGAGGUAGGUGGCCUGACCGACAGGACCUGAGCUGAGAGCCCUCACACCGUGCCCCCCUCCUUCUCCUGCUGCUGCUGCAAGACUCCCCGGUUUUAAUUUCGCGAAGGGUCGGUAACCCCUUCCUUCCAACUUGUUGCAACCACGGCUUUCAUGCAAAGUCUGACCAGCUGGGACUCGCGUUGCGACUCGCCAUGUUUCCAGACCGCCCCGACCUACAUUAAUUUGAUGGAAGUGGCCAAUUUCUACGAGCCGGACUGUUCCCUGAACAAGUUGCACCGCGACCGUUCAAUGACAGACCUGGGCAUCGGUGACAACGAGAGUGCCAUCGACUUCAGCGCGUACAUCGACCCGGCGAGCGCCUCAGCAGCAGGGGGCAACUUUGAGCUCGGCGGCGGCGGCGGCGGGGACCUGCUGACGGACAUUAUGCUCUCGGACGAGUACAAGAAGAAAUCGCUGCCCGACUACAACGCCUACUUGUCGAUGAUGCGCAGCUCCUCGGCCGGCGCCAGGCACCAGGGCAACAUCCUGAGCUGCACCCCGCAGUUCCUGGAGACCCGGCUGGAGCCGGUGUUCGAGCAGAGCCCGGACAGGAAAGGGGUGAAGCAGGAGAGCCGGGAGGAGGAAGCUGCUGCCGCCGCCGCCGCCGCUGCUGCUGCUGCUGGCGGAGGGGGGAUGUCAGUGCAAGCUGUAGCAGCAGCAGCAGCCGCCUCCUCGCCCUCCUACGUGAGGCCGCUGCUGCAGUACCAGUGCGUGGCCAGCGGCAGCAACAGCAACCUGUCCACCUCGUCCCUGUCCUCGUCCGCCACCCCGCCGGCCACCCCCAACUCCGCCGGCGACCGGGCAGCCGCCGCCCCCAAGGGCAGCAAGAGCAAGAAGCUGGUGGACAAGCACAGCGACGAGUACCGCCUGAGGAGGGAGAGGAACAACAUCGCGGUGCGCAAGAGCAGGGACAAGGCCAAGCUCAGGAAUGUAGAGACUCAACACAAAGUGCUGGAACUGACCGCCGAGAACGAGCGGCUCCAGAAGCGAGUGGAGCAGCUCAGCCGGGAGCUGGCAACUCUGAGAAACUUGUUCAAACAACUCCCAGAGCACACCCUGCUCAGUGCGUCCAGCAACUGCUGACAUUGACUGACUGCACAGCUCCCCAAUAUUUAUAGAUUCUUAUUAUUUUACUUUCUCUAUCUCCUUUUAUAUAUAUAUUAAAAACAACGGAUACCGUGACUUUUGCAAAAAAAAGGAGUUGAUCAAAGGACUCUUUGUAUAUAGAGGAUUUUCUGUGUUUACAACACAUUGCAGUAAGCGAGGUUGUAUAUCGUUUAGAUGACCGUAACCCGUGCUUUUUUUAAAAAAAAACGGCAGGGAGAGGGGUGAAUGAUGUUUCUUGAAACCAGCACUGCGGGGUUUUAUAUAGAAAUGUAUAUAAAAUGAUGCUGUGCUUUAACUGUGACUUUGCUCAGUCGAAACACAUGACGCAACAGCGUGUAACUUGCCAAGUGUGAGAUUCAUUCGUAAUUGUCAGAUGACAGCAGUUUCUUAUUACAAAUAUUUCGGGGCUUUUCUCCCAGUCCCCCUCCCCUCCAAAAAUAUUCUAUUUCUUUACUUUUCUUUGUAUAGGGUUGGGGGAGGGGGCGUUUCUGCUCCUAUUCACACGCGUUACAAUAUUAAUGUAGAUCUCUGAUUUUUUUAAAAAAGUGUUUUUUUUUGACAACAAAAAUAACUGCCGUUUUGUAAUUUUAGUCAAGGCUGUUGCUCUGAACGAGACGUUAUCUCUUCGUAUUUCAUACAGUCUCCUACCCCCCCCCCCCCUUGCAUUUUGUUUGUGAAAAUGAAUUAUAUAUUUUGGUGGUUUAGUGGCGGAAAGGCGAUGUUUUCAGCAGUUUGCUGAAAUGUUUUCAUUUUGAAUUGCGUCACUCCAGCAGUGACUCAGCAUGGAAGUGUAUUGAAGAACAUAUUAUUGUGUUCCAUGCAACACUUAAAUUGGGUACAAUGUCGGGUGAAAAGUGGUACUGUUAUUUGCAUUUUAGGAAUACGUGAUGAUUGUUGACUAAGAGUUGUAGUAUCCCUUUUCUAAACCGGUUAAAGUAGGUCACCUCAUGUGGAUUGUAAAAGAGACUGUGCUUGAAAUGUGCCGAUUAAUGUCGCUUGACAUUGUUACGUAAGUUAUUAAGCGACUAUUCAUUUCAGGGACCGCCUGUCCUUAAAGAUUUCAUUCUAAGAUUACCAGGUAAAGGGAUGCUACAAUUUUACAUCAACUUUGAUUAUGGGUCAAAGGAAUAGAAAUUAUUUUUAUCAAAUGAGCGAUAUUGUAUUUAUUUUCCUCUUUUAAAAUUGAAUUAAAAUCAGUUUUAGUAAAACACAAA